AUGUGUAAAAAGUUGCCAAAAGGGACAAAAUUUUAAACAGGAUUAUCUGUCAUUCAUACUAUCUAAUCUAUUGAAAAUGGAAUCAAUCAGUAAUUCGGGGAUGCCUAAGGAAGACAUGCAUGCAUGGUUUGUGGAAGAAAAUUUACAAUUGAUAGAAUAAAUACACAUGAAAACGUCUGUAGAAGGAGAUAAGCAAGUGGAUCUCUUUCCUAGAGUGAUAUGGCCUAUGAUCCUUCACAUUCAAUUGAUCCUAGUAGCAAACCAAAGAUGAUGACAUUAAAUGAUUUUAACAGACCUAAAAGUAAAUAGAUGAGCAAGAUGCCAUCAUUAAAGAAUAAGCCUCUUCCAGAGAAGAAACAGCCAAAAUAAAUAAAAGCUUUUGCAGGCUCUGGUGUAAGAUUAGGUUCAAUAGUUGAAGAGGAAACUAAGCAAGCGCCUCUAAAAACCUUUACUGGAUUAUAAAAAAUCAAUAAAAACUAGCCUAAAUUAGAUUUUAAAUGGAGAUGCCUCAACUGCAUGUAAUUGAAUAAGGCUGAGGAACAUAAAACCUGCCCUAAAUGUGGUUGUUCAAGAUUAUUGAAGCCUGAAGAACAAAAAUAGUAAGAUUAAGAGGAAUUAGAAUUGGCUUAAAUGAUGUAAGAAUGGGGAAAUAUUGAGUAAUUAGAGGAUUAGCGUGAGGAUAUUUUAGACUUUAUCUCAGAGUUAGAAAUAGAGGCAACUUAAAUUUUCAUUUGCUAUACUCUUGAGAAAAUGAUAAUGAUUCUAGGGAAUAUUAUAAGCAAACCUAGUGAAGAAAAAUAUAAAGUUUUGAAAAUGGAUAAUUAAGUAUUUUACUCCAACAUUGGGAGAUUUUCAACAGGCAUUAAGUUUAUUAAAUACUUAGGGUUUGAAACAAUCAGGUUGGAAAAUAAUAAGUUGGCUUAUAAGUAUAGUGUUCCAACUGUAAAGGGUAUUCAUCCAAUGCUAUUGCUAUGUUAUGAUGAGCUUAGGACUGCUCUUGCAAAAAAUUAGUCUGAAAAAUUAGGCCAAGAAGAAAAAAAGGGCUUUGAUGUUCCUGAAACUUCAGAAAAUGGCUUAGAUGAACGUGUUAACUGCGCAUUUUGCUAAAGAAAAUUUGCUAGGGACAGAGUAGACACUCAUCAAUUUAUUUGUGUGAAAUUAUAGAAAAAGCCAAAGAGGAAAGCUUGGGAUGGUUCUAAAAGAAGAUUGAAAGGUACUGUUUUUGAAAACUAUAAACCAAUGUACAAAAACUAUUUCCAUGACAGAUUUGAAAUAUGCUUAAGUAGAAGAGAUUAGGCUAACAUGGAAAAAAUAUUAUUGGGUUUAAAGAUGACUAAAGAGGAAUAUUAUAAAAGAAGUCAAGAUUUAAAAUUAGACAACAAUUGGUAUUUUAGAUGUAAGGAAUGUAGGGACAUUAUUCAUGAGAAAUUAUGUGAAUCUCAUAAAUGCUAGCUUUAUGAGGAUGAUUUUUAACAGGAAGAGGAAAAAUCAUCUCUUGAGUGA